AUGCCUCCCGCACGGCCAGCCAGCCGGCGUACAGUGACGAACGAGAAUGAUGAGAACGCGACGACGACACGUCUGACGCGCGCAAAGGCCGCCGCGCUGACGUCGUCACAAGAGACGUCCGCCGCCGAUCCUCCGAAGAAGACAACUGCCUCUAAGAAGUCGACGACUAGCACCACCACCCUCACACGGAAAAGGAGCGCGUUGGGAGAUGUCACGAACGCGAAGGGCGAGGUAGCUGACGCGAAGGGUGGAAAGGAGGGGAAGGAAACCAAGAAGCCAUUGUCCACCAAGCGUGGUCCCGUCGCUCAGGCAGCGGCGCCCACUGGCAUUUCGAAGCCCACCCGCUCCACCACGACGCGUUCCGUUCUUGGUUCCAAGGAGAAGUCGACGGCCGGCAAGCGCCCUGCCAGCGGCAAUGGCAUCACCGGUGCUGCCACCAAGAAGCGCAACACGACCAAGGCCGCCGUGGAACCCAUCAAGGAGGAGGACGAGAUUCAUGUUGCGCAGGAGAAUGUCGCCCCUCCUGUCAAGGCCACCAAGUCCAAGGUCGAAAAGGUUGUCGAGAAGGUUGUUGAGCCUGAGGCCCCGAAGUCGAAGCCGGCUGAGGUUGCGGCCAAGCCCGAGCCCGUCAAGAAGGCCGUUCCCCAGGAGGUCGAAGAGGAAAAGUUCGAUUACCCGGAUAUCCCUGACCUCGACGAGGAAGAUGCCAACGACCCCUUGAUGGUUUCGGAAUACGUUGGAGAAAUCUUCGAGUAUCUUAAGGAAUUGGAAAUCACCACCAUGGCGAACCCUGAUUAUAUGAGUAACCAGAGCGAGCUCGAGUGGAAGAUGCGCGGUAUCCUGGUUGACUGGCUGCUCGAGGUCCACACACGCUUCCGUCUCCUUCCUGAAACUCUCUUCUUGGCGGUGAACAUCAUUGAUAGGUUCCUCUCCCGUAAGAUUGUUCAACUGGAUCGCCUGCAGCUCGUCGGUGUUACCGCCAUGUUCAUUGCUUCCAAGUACGAGGAGGUCCUCUCUCCCCACGUCCAGAACUUCCGCCACGUCGCCGACGAUGGCUUCACGGAGGAGGAGAUUCUCAGCGCCGAGCGCUUCGUCCUUGCGGCCUUGGACUACGACCUCUCGUAUCCCAACCCCAUGAACUUCCUCCGCAGAAUAUCCAAGGCCGACAACUACGACAUCCAGACGCGUACUCUUGGCAAGUACCUGCUUGAGAUCUCUUGCUUGGACCACCGUUUCAUCGCCUACCCACCUUCUCAGAUCUCGGCCGCUGCCAUGUACCUGUCGCGUAUGGUUCUCGAGCGCGGCGAAUGGGACGUCGUUCUUGCUCACUACGCUGGCUACACCGAAGAGGAGAUCAAGCCGGUCCUUGAGCUCAUGAUCGACUACCUCAAGUCCCCUGUUGUUCAUGAGGCCUUCUUCAAGAAGUAUGCCAGCAAGAAGUUCCUCAAGGCAUCCAUCGUUCUGCGCCAAUGGGCUAAGAAGUUCACUGUCGACGGCGUCUCACUAGACGCUGUCAAGGCUGCCUGCAAGGCUCACUAG